CCAAAAUCUCGAAGCAGAGCCAAUCAGCCAAACCCCAAGAACCGCCGCUUCGUCCACUCCUUCUGCAUGUCCGCCAUGGCCGCCACCGGAGCAGCUCUUCGGCUACGCCUCCUGUUCCGGAUGCUGCGAGUGGGGGAGCUACUCGCCCUGCUGGCGCUCCUCUCCUGGUCCUCCUCGCGCGCGCCGUCCGCCGCCGCCGCCGCCGCCGCGGCGCGCGUCGCCGGCAGCCUCCUCUUCAGCCCGCGCUUCGUGUUCGUCCUCGGCAACGCCAUCGUGCUCCUUUUACUGGCGCUGUCCCGGCGCGAGCGCGAGCGCGACCCGUCACCGGCUUCCUCCAACCACCCCGCCACGGGCACCUCCACCGCCGGCGUCGCCGUGGAAGUGGAACCGAUUCCCGCGGCACCGGCCGCCAACAGCUUCCCAUCAUAUGUCACCCCGAAGUUGCCUACGCCCGUGCUCGAGGUGCUCCCCUGCAGGGAGAUGGCGACGGUCCUCGAGGAGGAGGUCAAGCCUUCGGCGGCGAGCGCGACGGCAGCGGUCCCGACGGCGCGCGCCGUCGUCAGCAAGGCCCGCGCGCCGAGGCGGAGCAGGUCCGAGAAGAUGAGCCCGCGCGGCAUGAGCGGCUCCCGGCGCGUGGCGUCCCCGGAACACCAGCUGCUGAUGCCGCUCAUGCGGCGUUCCGAGUCGGACAACGGCCGCAGGCGGCGGUCGUCGGCGUCGGCGCGGGACGUGGCGGGGUGGGCCCCCGGGACGGAGGACGCGGAGGAGUUCCAGCGGAGGGUGGAGGCGUUCAUCGCGAGGCAGACACGGUUCCGGCGCGAGGAGGAGUGCAUGGUCGGAGCUCUGGUCGUCGUGGAAUGAUGGGUUGAUGAUGAUCUGCUCUGCUGGGAAAUACUAUGUACAAAGUACAUGUGGAACAGGCUCAGCUCGCCGGGCCGCCGCACGUUCC